GCCGCCUCACUGCGCUUAACAUAUCAUUCCGCAUUUCAACACCUUCGGUUGUUGAUUUGAUAAAACAGUCCAAACAGUCCAUACAAACAAGCGCCCGCGUACGUUCGCCUGCCGGUGUUUUCGAGUGCGCUGCUGUCGAAACUGUGCGAAAAAGUCUUUCUUGCGCGAAGUACUACGACGUGGACUCCCGUGUACCCUGAGACAUGGUGUGGUGUUCUGCUGAGAUUCUUCAACGAGUGAUUUGAUCGAGAUGGUUCCGAGGGAAGAUACGAGUGCAGUGUCGAGAAAGAUGUUUGCUUUGUGGCGCAACUGAAGCACCUGAUGUCCUCUGGUGCAAGUUUUGUGCGAGUGCGUUCUACAAAAUGCUGUUAGUGGUCUGUGGCAGAAGGCAUUUCUUACGAACAACAGCGAAGUGCUAAAGAUGCGUCACAUCACUCGUGAAUAUUGUGUUAUAGUUCAAGGAAUGAAGUCAAAGUGUAUGCAAAUGUGCCCAAACCCAUGCAAUGUUUGAAUGAAAACACAGUGACCGAACGAAACUAUCCAGUUGCGUGUAAUCAGUAUUAACAGCAGCAUUAUUUAAACCAUGCCUCGUCCAUCUCGUGACACGUACGGCGACCAGAAGCCACCCUACUCGUACAUCUCGCUCACGGCGAUGGCCAUCUGGUCCUCGCCCGACAAAAUGUUACCCCUGAGUGAUAUCUACAAAUUCAUUACCGAUCGGUUUCCGUACUAUCGCAAAAACACGCAACGAUGGCAGAACUCGCUCCGGCACAACCUUAGCUUCAACGAUUGCUUCAUCAAGGUACCGCGGAGACCGGAUCGUCCGGGCAAGGGCGCUUACUGGGCGCUUCAUCCGCAAGCGUUCGAUAUGUUCGAGAAUGGAAGUUUGCUCAGACGCCGGAAACGCUUCAAGCUGCACAAAUCCGACAAAGACAUCCUGAACGAAGAGCUCGCUGCAUUGGCCAACAUUAACCGGAUAUUCCUGGCACAGAACUCGGCGGACGCGUACUGUCCCACCGCGGCCACAAUGUUACCCGAUCCGGUGGUUCUGCAUCCCUCCAGCUUGAUGCAUUCGCCACCGCUCGAACCACACUCCCCACUGCCAGCCGCCGCCCCACUGUCACCCAUCUCCACCGGCGAGACGACCCUGAUGGUUGGAACCACCAGGACUCCGCUGCGACCGAAGCGAUCGUUUACGAUCGAGAGUCUAAUCACACCGGAAGACGAGCUGGUGGAACGACGGAAGGGUGAUGCAAAGCAGGACCGGGAAGGUAGUCGAUCGCCGAGCCCUAGUCUUAUUCGAUCCACCAACACUGGCCGGGACCAUAGCAAACGGAACUCGAAACGGAACACGGAUGAUCGAUUGAAUCUGCUCGAAUCACCCGAAAAUCGUUUGCCAUCCUUACUUUCGAUUGCUAACCAUCCUGCGCAUCAGCACCAUCAUCAUCAUCAUGCUGGACUUCAUCAUCACCCUGCACUACACCACACCCAACACACGACACCGACCCUACCACCUGCGACCAGUCUCCCGGGGGUGGCCAACAUUCCACCCUUUCUGCAGUACACACAUCCAGCCCUGGCCGGGUACGAUCUACCCCUACAUCCACUGCUGAUGAUGGGACCGCUCGGUGCUCACCAUUACUUCCACCAGAGCUCGUACCACAGUUUGGCCGCUGCCCAUCAUCAUCAUCAUCAUCAUUCGCAACAGCAUCAUCACCAGCUGCAACACCAUCAGCACGGACUGGGGACCGGUUCGGGCAGUCGAUCACCGAGCGGAUCUACCACCGAACCGGACAGUCCUCGGUCCGGUGGAGCACCCACAGAUCUUAGCCGACCUGCGCUGGGUCCUGCACUGCGAAGUGUUUGAGUCCUGUGGGUUACGAUAGAGACUACCGGUUUUUGUUUUUCUUCACCCCCACAUUGUUCCUGUUAGUGCUCCAGUACGCACGCACACACCCACCCGAAGGCUGUUUGUUGAGUUUGAGUAUUACUUAUAAGAUGAAGGUAGUAUUUGAUGUGCGCGGCUCCGUUGCUCGUUCGUUCUGAUCGGAAAAUGCUCGACGAUCGCUACAAUGUGGCAUUGGGGAUGCAUACCUCGCGUCUUGUUUCAUCCGCUCCGGUCGGUUCAAUCGGUACUUUUCGUUUUAGGACAAUUUGACUCGUUUUUUGAAUUUGCUCCAUUCGUUUGUUGUAAUGGUCUGUGCAUAUUACCCGGCAAGAGCAGUUACAUUAGCAGAAACGAGAACUACGAAACGGUGCAGUGCAGAGCAGACGCGCUCACGCGUGCUCGGUAUGAAAUACAAAGAUUUACAUGUAUAAGGUUUAGCAAAAUUUCGCCAAUAUGUAUGAACGUGGUUACUUAUUUAAGAGCUGUUUUUAAUUCAUUAGUACUCGGAAAUAAACAAAUGUGUAUAACAAAU